AUGCAAGAAGAAGGUUCGGUUUAUCAUUCACCCCAGAUGGGAGGUAGACUUAUCUUCAGUGCGGACGAAGAAACAAGUUCACUGGGAGAUACACUGGGAGAUACGGUUCUGUCGGAAGGGGAAGAAACUGAAGAAGAAAGGAAAUUGGAGCUGUUGGAUCAGUUUGCAAUUCCAGUCAAGCGUCUCCUUUUGCAAACUUUGUGUGCCGAGGGGGGAACUAUAGAUUCCAAUACGGUACUGGCAGCCGACUGCAACGACGGGGAGGUUCAUUCCUGCUUUCAGAAGCAGUUUCAUGCACUCGGUGUGCACGAUCUGGAAAAACUUUUGGAAGAUCCCUGUCACGUUCCAACUGGGAUGGUACUGGCUCGAAUCGCUGUUGAGCAAGAACACCAAAGGGAGAAACAAAAAUUGAAGGAACAACGACAAAAGGAGAGGGCACUGCACACGCAAAAGACACAACUUAUGAAUAUGAGGAAACGUCUGGAAAAAGAGAAAAGUCCUUAUCGAGAGAUUGUGGAUACUAUUCACACGGUGUUUGGUAAGCAGGGAACAGAACUGGCACAUAAUGGAAGUUCGACCUAUGCCGAAGUGACCAAAGAAACGAUCACAGGAAUUGUGGACAUGCUCAAGGAUCACCACGAGUAUAAAGAAGACGACUGCCUCUUUGAUGCUGGUAGUGGCAUUGGUACUAUGGUGUUUCGAAUGUUGGUUGAGUUGCAUUGUUGUGCCUUGGGUAUUGAGUACUGCAACCACCGUACAUUCCUUGCUGCCCAUGCCGCUAUUAAUUUUUUUGCAGAGUACAGGCUCGACGAACGGUUCAACCAAGGAACGAUGCUUGCUCUGGGAGAUCUUUAUAACCUCCAACAGAUACCUAAGCAAGUCACAACAUUGAUAAUGUACGACGAGGCGUUUCCUCCCGGAUUGAUGCUCCACAUGGCAGAUCUCAUCCAGGCAGCCCCGCCCAAUCUCCAAUUUGUUGUAUCCGCAAAGGUCAACAGAGAGAGUUGCUACUCCCAGCUCUUAAUCAACGCAGGAUUAACAGACCUGGGCAAUGUCAAAGGAAGCAAAACGAACAAUGGUGGAGCAACCACAUUUACUCUCUUCAAACGCCUGGAACCCCAAAUGAACAAAGAUGGAGGGUCUGCAGCUCCGGUAACCACGUCAGUGUCGCCUGCGCCUGAAAAGGAGCCACUCCAUCUGCAGAUUGAAGGAGAGCUCGAAACAUUCACGAUGGGGGGUACGGUAAGCUUGGUUGUCGCUGUAGCUCCAAUUUGCUUCUCCAGAGCCUUCUGA